UGAAAGCGUGAGAGACCGUUACCAAACCAGUGACCAGCAGUGAGUGACCGGGCCAGCCAGGGACCGUGCAUCUUGGAGAAUGGGUGCUAUGGUUUGUGCUAGGAGAUUAGCAUGCCUCCUCCCUCUGCUUGCCUCCACUCUUCUGUUGCUCUGCUCCGGGGAGAAAACAUGUCCCUACAACUGCCGCUGUGAAGGUAAAAUCGUCCAUUGUGAUUCAGCGUCUUUCAUGGAUGUGCCAGAGAACAUUUCAGUAACUUGUCAAGGUUUGUCCCUGCGCAACAAUGACCUGCACACAAUGCUCCCCUACCAGUUUGCCCACCUUAACCAGCUCCUCUGGCUGUAUUUGGAUCACAAUCAGAUCUCGUUUGUGGACAGUCGUGCCUUCCAGGGCAUACGACGACUUAAGGAGUUGAUCUUGAGCACCAACAGGAUUUCACAACUCCAUAAUUCCACCUUUCAUGGAGUGCCUAAUCUCCGCAGCCUGGACCUCUCCUACAACAAACUUCAGGAACUGCAACCAGGUCAGUUCCAUGGUCUUCGGAAGCUUCAGAAUCUGCACCUACGCUCCAACGGGCUUACAACAAUUCCUGUCCGGGCGUUUAUUGAGUGCAGAAGCUUGGAGUUUCUCGACCUAGGGUAUAACCGACUACGUGUCCUCACACGCACCGCAUUCCUGGGUUUGUCUAGGCUGAUGGAGCUCCAUCUGGAACACAAUCAGUUCUCUCGGAUCAACUUCUUUCUCUUUCCACGCCUCGCAAACCUGCGUGGUCUGUAUCUCCAGUGGAAUCGUAUUCGGGCAGUGAACCAAGGCCUCCCAUGGAUUUGGUAUACCCUGCAAAAGCUGGACCUCUCCGGCAAUGAGAUCCAGAGUCUGGAUCCUGUGGUAUUUCAAUGCCUACCAAACCUACAGGUUCUUAACUUGGAGUCUAACAAGUUAGCCAAUGUGUCUCAUGAGACUGUGGCAGCCUGGAUUUCCCUGACUACAAUCAGCCUCGCGGGAAACAUGUGGGACUGUGGGCCAGGCAUUUGCCCCCUUGUUGCCUGGCUAAGGAAUUUCCGAGGAACUAAAGAUACAAGUAUCAUUUGCAGCAGCCCCAAACAUCUUCAAGGGGAAAAGGUUAUGGAGGCGACAAGAAAUUACAUAGACUGUGAAGAUUUCGAACUCAUUCCUCAAACACCAUUUCCUCACCACACUCUGGAACCAACAAUGGAAACUACUUCUGCACCACCCUUGCCUCCCACUACUCCCCCUCCACCCCUGCCUCCACCUGCCUCUGAAGCACCCAUACCACCACCCCUAGCUCAACCCCUUCCUCAUCCUACUAUCUACAACCUCGCUGAGACUCAUCCUAGAAACACCCCUCCACAGACGCCUCCACCCUCCAACAGCCUGCUCGUCACUCCAUCCCCAGAACAAGAGAACUUAGCAUUCCACAAGGUCGUGGUGGGAGCCGUGGUGCUUUUCUUCUCAACGUCGCUCGUCCUGACAGUGAUCUAUGUGUCCUGCAGACGGUACCCUGGUGCCACUAGGUUGCUGCAACAGCGUUCAGUCAUGGGACGAAAGCGUCGGAAAAAGAGUCCUGAGCCAGAGCAGAACCUGAGCUCCCAACUGCAGGAAUAUUACAUGAGCUACAAUCCUGCCGCCACACCGGAAGCCAUGGAUGUGCUGGCCAAUGGGACUGGUACUUGCACCUGUACCAUUUCCGGCUCCAGGGAAUGCGAGAAUGAAUACACGUGUCCCAGGCCGCUCCCUGGAGCCUGGAUUGGCGACAUCCCCACCAUUCACUAGGAAUGUUUUCCCCACCAAUGAGAUUUCAAUAGGCAACAGGGUUCCAGCCUACAGCCUCUCCAUCCAUCACUCUACGGCCUACGCUGCCAUUUUUUUCUCUUUUCCCCAUCAUUUAUGGAACGUUAUCCACCACGGACAUGUGAAGGGACAUCUAAAAAGACAGCAGGAACGCCUCCAUCAUGCAUUUUACUAACACGCACGUCACAUUUCUUCAAGACGCCUCACUUUAUUCACUCUCUUUUUUGCCUAGACAGCUCUUUCUCUAGUUCUGAGCCUGACUAGGCCUUUGGUCGAGUUGAACACACAGGAACAGGAUGAACUAUUCUAUUCUACAAACAAAGCCACUGUAACAGCAAUGAGAGAGCAUGGGAAGAUAUCUCCUGGACUUUGAGGAAUAUUAUCAACAUCAGAGCGAAUGGAUUUUCCAUAUGACAAAACAUCAUCCAUCAGACGACCAUUGACUGCCGGUCAACUGAUAC